ACAGUUAUAAAGGUCCUGACAGCGGGCAUCGACAGCUAACGAGAACGUGUAAAUUCAUGACGAGAAUAACAAGGAUAUAGCGGUCUUCUUAUCUUUUUUUAUCACCCAAAAUCGUUAGCAAACGAAGCGAGACAAUCGGGACCAUGGAGAGAAAAAGUCUGCCUGUUAAGCGCAUUUUCAACAAGCCCCAGAUAUUACGCAGCGACCCUCGCAUUGAUGUGAAUUUCAGCCACUCCCAGACCGGACGCUCCCUCCAGACCAAAAUGCAGCGCAGCAGGCACAAGCAUCUCUAUGACACCAACCAUCAGAUCAGGGUCAAGCCUGAUUUAAACACAACACUACCAGUUCGACAGACUGCGUCCAUUUUCAAACAACCAGUGACCAAGGUAACAAAUCACCCCAACAACAAGGUGAAGACAGAUCCUCAGAAGGCUGUGGACCAACCAAAACAACUGUUCUGGGAGCGAAAGCUGAGUGGGUUAAAUGCGUUUGAUAUCGCAGAGGAGCUGGUGAAAACUAUGGAUCUUCCCAAAGGCUUACAGGGUGUUGGGCCUACAUCUUCAGACAAAACGUUGCUCUCUGCCAUCGCGAGUGCCCUGCACACUAGCCAUGUACCCAUCACUGGGCAGCUCACCGCCGCAGUGGAAAAAAAUCCUGGAGUCUGGCUCAACACGGCACAGCCUCUGUGCAAAGCCUUUGUAGUGACUGAUGAUGACAUCAGGAAGCAGGAGGACCUGGUGCAGAAUGUGAGAAGACGGCUGGAGGAAGCCCUGAUGGCUGACUCGCUGGCUCAUAUAGAGGCUUCCUCUGCAGAUGGAACAGUUGACAAAGUCGAGGAGAAAGUUGAGUCCGUGGACAAGGAAGAAUUAUAGCCCAGGUUUGAUGGGCAUGAAGUUUGCUGUUAAAGUUCCUUUUUUUUCAGAUAUUAAAAAAAAAAAGUCUCCAUGCUGAACUGUAUACACUUAAACUGAAACAGACUUUAAAUGCAGACAUUGUGCUGCAGACUUUGCUCACAUUAACAAAGACUUUUGUCUUUAUUGUUGUUUUUUUUCCCCCCAUUACAAGUGGCAGUGUAGCCCUAAAAGGGUGCUUUGAGUUUCAGUUUUCAUUUUACCUCUACUAAUGGAUGGCAGCUGUGGAUGGUGCUCAAUACAGUGCAGUGUUACAUUUAACUAACAGCUGUUCUAGCUCGAUGCUGAAGACACAAACCUUAUGUAUGUGAAUUUUGUGAUGUUUAAGUUGGUUCUAAAAAGUGUGUAUAUUUUUAACUGUUCUCCAAGAACAUGUUUAUUUGUAUUUCACUGACACUGCAGGUAGUUUGUUACACAGUUUGUUUGGAAGCCAGGAAAAAGAAAAUAAAACUGCAGUAUUUCUUUUGUAUAAGCACACAGCACUCUGUGGCUGUGAAUAACCAAACAUUUAAUAAUUUUACAUUUAGUCAUUUUUUUCUUGCAAUAAUCUUGAGUUUACACAGUUUGAGUCAUGGUGCUUGUGUAUGAAAAUAAUAAAAAAUAAAGAAAAACAUUUUGUUUUGCCAAUUACACUAGAGUUUGGACAGUUACAGUUAAGAUAUGUAUCCUGAGACGACAACACACAAUCCUGGUGUACUGUACAUCAAUUAUAAAACUAUGUCUGUGUACUACUUUCAUUGUCAAAUAAAUGCAACUCCUUUAUGA